CUACUCCGUACCCAGCAUAUGGGGGAGCACGACGUUUUCAACAAGGGAGUUUUCAACUAGGGAAAAAGAGAAAUAGAUUCGAAGGAUAGAGGAAGUUAAAUGGAAGGCAGCCUUAGGGUUUGGAUAUCUUUUUUUUUAAUUUUCCCUCUAAACUGUAUUUCAACAUAAACCCCACAAGGAAGACUGAAAAGACUUUGUCAAAUAGGUUGUGGGAUAUAUAACAAAUAAAAGCCGGCUAGCUUCCGCAAGAGUCGAACCUGCGCUGCCGAUUGGGCGUUUCAAGGCCAACAGGAAAUUAAGUUAAGCGGCGCAGGGUGCAAGCAACAACAGCGGAGUUAUAAUCUCUCUAAAGACGCCGAAACGUUCUUUUGCUGGUUAUUUUACACAUUAAUCUGAGUAGAAGGUUCUUGCAUUGACUCUUCCAUGGCAUUACGGUUUGAGGUGUUAGGAAAGUUCAACAGAGCUCGUGCAACACGACUCACACUUCCUCAUUUUCAGUGCCAAACUCCGCUAUUUAUGCCCGUUGGAACACAAGGUACAAUUAAGGGUCUUGCAAAUGACCAACUAGAGGAGAUCGGUUGCCAAAUCAUUCUUGGUAACACAUACCAUUUAGCACUUCGACCUGGUGCUGAUUUGAUUGAUGAGCUUGGCGGUCUCCACAAAUUUAUGAAUUGGUCAAGGGCAUUGCUUACAGAUUCUGGUGGUUUUCAAAUGGUCUCUUUAUUACAUUUGGCUGACAUCACAGAAAAGGGCGUAACUUUCCAGUCACCAGUGGAUGGCAAACCAAUGCUUCUUACACCUGAAGAGUCAAUUCAUAUUCAAAAUAAAAUUGGAGCUGACAUAAUAAUGGCCCUUGAUGAUGUUGUGAAAACUACCAUAACUGGACCUAGAGUUGAGGAGGCAACAUAUCGCACACUUAGAUGGAUUGAUCGAUGCAUAGCUGCCCAUGAAAGGCCAGCAGAGCAAAAUUUGUUUGGUAUUGUACAAGGGGGAUUAGAUCCUGUUCUAAGAGAUAUAUGUGUCAGAGGUCUUGUUGCACGUGACUUACCUGGAUAUGCUAUUGGUGGGCUCUCAGGAGGGGAAGAUAAGGACUCAUUUUGGCGUGUUGUUGCACAAUGCACAGCUGGUCUACCAGAGGAUAAACCACGUUAUGUAAUGGGUGUAGGCUAUCCACUUGAUAUUGUUGUCUGCAGUGCUUUAGGUGCUGAUAUGUAUGAUUGCGUUUAUCCAACACGUACUGCACGUUUUGGCACAGCUCUUGUUCCUGAGGGGGUUCUUAAGUUGAAACAUGCAGCAAUGGCAUCUGACUGCCGACCUAUAGACCCCACAUGUUCUUGCAUGGUUUGCAAACGUUAUUCAAGGGCGUAUAUUCAUAGCAUUGUAACUAAGGAUGCAAUGGGCUCUCAAUUGCUUUCAUAUCACAAUUUGGCUUACAUGAUGAAGCUUAGCAAGGACCUGCAUUCCUCUAUUCUCGGAGGCUGUUUUCCUGAAUUUGUACAAGGAUUUCUCCAGACCCAGUUUCCAAGAGGCGAUGUUCCAGAGUGGGUCUGUAAUGCUAUGGAGGUUGCAGGCAUAGAUAUUUCAAUGUGCUGUGCACCAUUUAUGUGUUCUGAAGGCAGCUAAUUCAUAGUACUUUGCUUUUCGCAAUCUCUGUUCCACUCUAUCUACAUCGACAUGUUAUAGUGGUUUGUGGACAGCAAAUUGAUUUCAGAUUGUUUUGUUCACUUGUGGAUCCUACAAUUAACAUGUCGAACGUGAUUCAGGCUCCUACUGUUGAAUGUGUGAAAAUACUAGAGCUGUACAAUUUUUCUGGCAACGUGGUCUCAAAUUUCAGACCAAAUCGUUAUCUUUUUCUGGGCCUCUGCAAUUUUGGAAACAAACGAGCAUUUACAGUGAGAAGACGCGCAUUUAUAAUGUCUCUGCACAAGGGCUUUAUGCUAGAGUUCUUAGAUUACUUUAUGCUAGAGUUCUUAGAUUAGUCCCUCAAAAACAGUUGAUGCAGAAAACACACAUUUAAAAUGUAAAAGAAACGGGAAUCUUAAUCUCUUAUCAUCAUUAUUUUGAAUAGAAAGAAGAUUGAAUUGUAAAAGUCAAAGAUGGUAAGGCUGAUUAUCUAUAAAUUGUCCAUCCUCGUAUUAACGUUAACUUUUUUCCUGAAUUCUUCCUCUCUUAUGGUGCUCUUCUCAAUCACCAUCUUUUGUUUCUGUGAAUAUAAUAUGUUGGAAAUACUCUUAAUUUCAACGGGGAAAAUAAUAAAUAUGGUAUGCUGUUGGCAGAA